GCUCUCUCUCUCCUUAACCUGAUUUCAAAUCCGACGCGUUCUUCGGUCCAAGCCGGAUGGGAGAAUAUCCACAUGACUCUUUCCCCUCAUAUAACCCGCAAUUCACCCACCCACGCAUCUCCCACCACACUAAUUCCCUCUCCACUACCACCAAUCUCCAAUGGCACAAACAGUACUGACAAUACAACCACCACUAACAAACCACACCACCAACCACCCUCGCAUCCCGAAACCGCCACGGGUCUGCUUCUCGUUCGCCGCCUACGCCAAGGCCGUCAUCCACCACCUCGCAACCACCAGCGACGUCACGGUCGAACCCGGCCUCACCGCGGCUGAAUUCACCGCGAUCGAGUCCGCUUUCCACUUCACGUUUCCGCCCGACCUCCGCUCCGUCCUCCAGGAAGGCCUCCCCGUGGGCCCGGGCUUCCCCAACUGGCGGUUCUCCUCGGCCCAGCAGCUCCAGAUCCUCACCAGCCUCCCCGCCUUAGGCCUGUGCAAGGAAGUCGCUACAAACAACUUCUGGGCCCGCUCGUGGGGCGAAAAACCGAAACGAACCGACGAGGCGGUUGAGCUGGCGAAACGGCUCUUGAAAGAAUCCCCGGUUCUCGUGCCGAUAUAUCGCAACUGUUACAUUCCGUGCGCGCCGAAUUUGGCGGGAAACCCGGUUUUCUACGUCGACGGCGGCGAUGUAAGGAUUUGGAGCUUUGACAUCGCCGGAUUCUUCCAGCAAGUUGAUUUCGGGGGUAACGUGGUGGCGAGUGUUGAGGAUUCGGCCAAACCAACGGACACGCAACGUGGAGAGAAAAUAAUCAAGAACGGAAAACAAGAACGCAAGACAGGUCUACUUCUAAGCUGUAAGAGAAGCGCGACCCAGGUCGAAUCAGGCUGCAUGAGCCCAAAAGUGAGGAGGCGGCCGAGAUUGUUGAACGCACCGGCGUGGGCGGCAAGGGAGGCGCGGAGGAUCGAGUUUUGGACGGAGGUUGCGGGGGGAGGAGGGAGGGCAGUGGAGGAGGCGCGUGGUGGGACAAGGCGGCGGCCAAGCGGGGAUUUGGUAGGGCGCAUGGAUGAUGUUUGGCGUAGGUUGAGGGAUGGAGGGUGGAGAGAGGAGGAGGUGGGGGAGAUGAUGGACGGUGGGGAGGAAGGGAUUAAGGGGUUGAGAGACGUGGUGGGUCACGCGUGGGAGUUGUCGGUGCUGCUGCUGCGUGCGGGGUGGAGCACGGAGGAUGUGGUGGACUCGCUUGGUUUUCAGGUUGAGAAUGGUGGUGGUGGUUAUGAAGUGGAGUCUAAUUGGUUAGACUUUCGACAUGACUCGAGUUGUUGCCUUCUAGAAGCUAUCUGAGAUGAGAUCAUUUUACCUUAGAAGCAGGGAUAUUUUUUUGGGUGGGGGUUAUUCAUUUUGCUUAUACUAGUUCAAUGUAAAUAACAUCAGAUGCCCUUCUUCUUCUUCUUCUUCUUUUUUGGGCUAUUAUGAAAAACACUUUCUUAACAGUUUCAAAAAGAGAUUACAAGCAGAAGCCCUUCUGACAUCACAAAAUGGCUUCUUCAAUGUUCGGCCUAAUAUAAGUGC